AAUCAUAGAUCAUACAAGAGAUUGUACAGUGUGUUUGGCACAAAACAUACAAACAUACGUUAGAUUACAAGAGAUGUGAAAGCAGAUAUGGUGUGGUUGUAGGACCUGAACAACUGUUCCCUCGACUACCACUCAGUCACCUGACUGGGCAGACAAGCUAGCGGCAGAGGGAAAGACAGUCACGGCCAGCGGCUGAGGGGCAGGGGGAGCCCCUGGGGAAAUAAGGUUAAGUAGCCUCAGCUGAAGGUCCUCCAGCAUGCUAUGUCGGACAUCGCAGUAAGGCGGAGGUUCCGUACCAUACGGUUGUACUUGUCCAUGGCAGUUAUCAUCCAUGAAACACAGAACGUGGUACAGUUGAGUCACGUUGCUUCUCUCCAGGUAGUAGCGAAGAACAACUUCGUUUGUGGCCACGUUGUAGACGGAGAAGCGGUAGAGUUUCAUGAGCUCUCCCGGACAGCUGCUCUGCUGGUUCCCGUAGAAGGGGACGGGCUCAAAGAACUGGGCACAGUCUAUUCGGAACUGUCUCUGGUCCACUCCCACUGUGAGGGGGAUCCUCUCACGGACAAAGGCGUUGCAGGUGGAGCUGGGCAGGAGACGCGGCCCCCAGUAGUUGCGCAGGGCCACCAUCUCACUGACAAUGGUGUCGGCCUCUCUCCUGCUCUCUGGGUCCCCUCGAGACGACAGAGCCGUCAGGUGGAGCUGGCACUCCAUGUAGAGGUGGUCCAUGAGUGCCAGGAACUCUGACGUGGGCUCCUCAAACUGAUCCCUCCACCGAUAUGCCUUGGAGAGCUCCUUCAUCAGCUCGCCACCCUUUGAAGUCUGAACUGGGAGAGUGAUCCUCGCUGGUGGCUCCAGUUCUCGCUCGGUGGUGCACCUAGUCACUCCGCCGGCCGCCACGUCCAUUAGCUCCCUCAUAGCCGGCCGUGAAGCUACCCUACCGUUCUGCCCCUCUCUCCCGAAACCGCCACCCACAGAAAAAUCACUCUCGUCCCGAGGAUGGCUUCCCGAUGAAGAAAGAUGAUCGUCGUUUCUGUCCUCGCUCUCCGGGUAGCCUCCCUCGUGUCUCAUCAGACUUUUUCUCUCCUCGCGCAUCUCUCUCCUCCCACGGCCUCUCCCUGGUCCAUCUUCCUGGCUGGAAACACACUGUCCCAUCUCUCAACACUCCUGUCGUUGCUGUCGUUCGGUCGGUAUAAUACGUCCAGAGCUGCCAAAUUGUGACGUCACUCGCUCGUUAUCGCGAGAGUGGGCGUGGACUUGUGGACGACGUUGUGCAUGCGAAUCCUUGGCUGCAGAUUUACUGCACCGCUAUAUAGUAGCUACUGGAGCCAUGGCCGAAGGCUUAUCGCAGGUGGCUGGCCGGCUAGAAGAUCCAGAGGCGCUGCGCCAGCGGAGGGAGAAGGUUUUGGAGAGGUACCAAGGUUUCAAAGAGGCGGCGCGUCUGCGGAGGGAGAAGCUCGAAGGUGCGCGCCAGUUUCAGCAAUUUCGGCGGGACGCGGACGAGCUGGAGUCGUGGAUAAAGGAGAAGAUGCAGGUCAUGUCCGACGAUGCUUUCAAGGACAGAACUAAUCUGCAGGCGAAGAUACUGAAGCACCAGGCGUUCGAAGCAGAGAUCGCGGCUCACAACAAUGCCAUCCUCACUCUGAAGACGGCAGGCCGCGCCAUGCUGGACCAUCAACACGUUGCUACAGACGACAUCAAGGCAAGGCUGGAGCAGAUUUCAAGACUUUGGCAGGAGCUCAUCAAUACUUCGGCCUCCAAGAGACAGACACUGAUCGACGCACAGAAGAGGGCCCAGUUUCUUCAGGAGGCCGACGAGGUGGCAGCGUGGAUCUCAGACAGAGAGGCAGUGGCCAGUGCAGAGGACCUCGGGAAAGAUCUGGAACACGUCGAAAUGCUCCAGAAGAACUUUGCAGACUUUAUGAAAGAUGUUCAGGCUAGUGAGUCGAGAGUGAUGGAGGUAAACACGCUGGCAGAGAAGCUGCAGAGAGAGAGGCAUCCGGACAGCGAAUUCAUUCACGGCCGACAAGAGGCAGUCACUCAGAGCUGGAAAAACCUCACCACCAUUGCCAAGUACCGGGAGCAUAGAUUAGCAGGGUCCCACCAGAUACAGAAGUUCAAUAGGGAUGUUGACGAGACAAAGAGUUGGAUGAACGAGAAGGACACGGCACUACUAUCGGACGACUACGGCCGAGACCUGGCCAGUGUGCAGGCUCUACAGAGGAAACAUGAGGGACUGGAGAGAGACCUAGCUGCUCUCGAGGACAAGGUGGCAGCACUGGGGGAAGAGGCAAGGAGGCUGCAGGGUGCUCACCCCGACAGUUCGGACCAGAUAGCCGCCAAACAGGCAGAGAUCGUGGGUCUCUGGGAAGGACUCAAAAGAAAGGCCUCUCAGCGUGGAACUAGACUCGGCGAUGCGCUCCACUUUCAGAAGUUUCUCGCAGACUGUCGGGAGUUGGAGUCCUGGGUACACGACAUGCAGACUCUCAUCGCUGCAGUGGAACUGGCAAAAGAUGUCGCGUCAGCAGAGGCCACAUUGCAGGGUCACAGAGAGAGAAAGGGUGAAAUUGAUGCGGAGCAAGACAGUUUUAAGGCAACUUCACAGUUUGGCCAGACUCUCCUUUCCUCCGGCCACUUUGCCUCAGCGGAAAUCAAGACUCAUCUCCAGAGCCUGGCCAGCAAGAGAGCGUCGUUGCUGGCCUCCUGGCAGGAGAAGCAGGCAGAGUUUGAGCAGUGCAUGGAACUACAGUUGUUUCUGAGGGACACUGAUCAGGCAGACAGCUGGAUGGCCAAACAAGAAGCUUUGCUUGGGAACCAGGAUAUAGGUGACUCUCUGGAUGCAGUAGAAGCUCUGGUGAAGAAACACGAGGACUUCGAGAAGAGUCUGGUGGCACAGGAUGAAAAAGUGAAGGCAGUUGAUGAGGUGGCGACAAGACUUGUUCAGGCCAGCCACUACGCCACGGAGGACGUUGACAGUCGAAGAAAUGAGGUCUUGGCCCAUCACAGCCGGUUGCUGAGUCAGACAAGCACUCGCGGGGCUCAGCUGCAGGCAUCUCUUUCCCUCCAUCAAUUCAUACGAGACACUGAGGAGGCCACAGAUUGGAUCGAGGAGAAGAUCAAAAUUGCCAGCGACGAAUCAUACCGAGAUCCUAGCAACCUUGAGGCUAAGCAGCAGCAUCACCAGGCAUUUGAGGCAGAGCUCCAGGCCAACAAGUGGAGAAUCGACGGAGUAGUGGAGACUGGGAAACAACUAACCUCGGCCCAACACUCUGCAUCUGAAACAAUCCAGGCUCGGUCUAGUUCUCUGGAGGAGCUGUGGAGUCAGCUAGAGGCAAUGACAGCUGAGAAAGGUCUGAGGCUACAGGAGGCUCUGGAUCAGCAGAUGUUCCUGCAUGCGAUCAAGGACGUUGACUUGUGGCUGGAUGAAGUGGAAAAACAACUAUCUUCUGAAGAACUGGGAAAAGAUCUGGCUGGGGUACAGAAACUGCAGAAGAAGCUGGCACUGCUCGAGACCGACAUUUCUGUUCAUCACGAGCAGAUUGACUCACUCACAUCGCAGGCCGAGGCCUUUGAAGAGUCUGGCCAUUUUGACGCAGUAUCCAUUGUGGGCAGACAGGAACAGCUGGUGGAGAGAUACGAAGGACUCCAGGGACCUCUGGAGAGGCAGAAGACCCGACUGACAGCUUCACAUCAGCUCCAGCAGUUGUUCAGGGACUUGGAGGACGAAGAGGCCUGGAUGAAGGAGAGAGAGGCAGCUGCUGGCUCCACAAAUAUCGGCAAGGAUCUGGUUGGAGUCCAGAAUCUUUUGAAGAAGCACAACCUCUUGCAGUCAGAGUUGGCGAGUCACGAGGCUAGGAUCACGGCAGUCAGCAAGGAGGCUGAGGACAUGGUGUCAGCAGGGCACUAUAGAGCACAGGACAUUGGCACCAGACUUGGCCAGCUCUCCAGCAAAUGGACGCAGCUAAAAGCUCUGAGUGAGACAAGAGGAGAGGCUCUGGAGAGGUCUCUGCAGGCACAGCAGUACUUCAGCGAUGCCCAGGAAGCAGAGUCCUGGAUGAAAGAGAAGGAGCCUCUGGUCAGCAGCGGUGACAACGGCAAGGACGAAGACAGUGCACAGUCUCUACUCAAGAAGCAUGAGGCUGUCAUGGCAGACAUUGAAUCCUACCAGGCCACUAUGAAAUCUCUCGCAGAGCACAGCCAAAAGUGCAAGGGGUUCAGUCCAUCAGCCCAGCCAGGAUCUCCUCUAGUGAAAGUUCCACCAAGUCCCCCCUCCCCUCCUUCCGAGCCUCCCCGAGUGAAGGCCCUCUAUAAUUACAGGGGCAAGUCCAGUCGAGAGCUUCCCAUUCGAAAAGGAGACGUCCUGGUUUUAGUCAAUGACAGCAAUAAGGACUGGUGGAAGGUUGAGCUGAAUGGUAAACAAGGCUUCGUACCGGCAAACUAUAUCCGAAAGAUGGAGGCUCCGCCUAGUCCAAGACCAACCCCACCUCCUCCUAUGACUCCUCCCACCUCGUUUAUUGCCACGGCAACAGACGACAAUCCCGAGGACUCGGUGGGGUCGCGACAGGCACAGCUGGAGGUCAAGUAUCGACAGACUGCAACAGCUGGGGAGAGAGAGACAGCAGAGACUGGCAGAGUCGCAGAAGAAGUUUGAACUCAUGAGAGAAGUCAAUGAGUUGGAGCACUGGAUCAAUGAUAAGGAGUCCCUGGCCAGUACAGAUGAGGCGGUGAAGGACUUGGAACACGUGGAGGUGCUCUCUAAGAAACACGAGGACUUCAAGAAAGACAUGGCAGUCACAGAGACAAGACUGGAGACAAUCAGCUCCCUCGCUGAGGCCAUGAUCGAGGGGGGACACUCUGACAGCGACGAAAUCCAGAUUCUAAUUGAGACCUUGAACCAGCACUGGGAGGACCUGGCCCAGCUGGUGGAGAAGAAAGAGAGGAACCUGCACGCGGCGCACCAGGUCCAACGGUUUGUCAGAGCUGCCGACGAGACAAAGAGUUGGAUGAACGAGAAGGACACGGCUCUACUAUCGGACGACUACGGCCGAGACCUGGCCAGUGUGCAGGCUCUACAGAGGAAACAUGAGGGACUGGAGAGAGACCUAGCUGCUCUCGAGGACAAGGUGGAUUUACUGAAGAGAGAAGCUGCACAGAUGACGGAGCCCAGCCUUCAGCUGGCAGAACCAUCAGAGAGAAGGAGAGAGAGGUCACGGAGGCUUGGGCCAGCCUCAAAUCACGAUCUGAGGCUCGGAAGACAAAACUGGUGGACUCUUAUGAUUUCCAGCGGUUCCUGGUCCGGUACCGAGACCUCGUGGCCUGGCUCAGUUCCAUACAAGCUCUAGUGUCGGCCGACGAGCUCGCUAACGAUGUGGGCGGAGCCGAGAGACUCCUAGAGCGACACCAGGUGAGCUUCAGAUAGAGAUUGAGGCACGAGAGAGUGGCUUCAACUCGUUUGAGGCCUCGGCUCAGCAGCAGCUGGCCAGCCGACACUUUGCCAGCUCUGAGAUCCAGCAGAAACUGAGCAGCCUCAAGGAAGAGAAGAACCUUCUGCAAAAGGCGUGGGUGGCUAGGAAGCAGGUACUGGACCAGUGCCGAGAUCUGCAGAUGUUCAAUCACGAGGCAGAGGCAGCGGAGGGCUGGAUGGCCAAGAGAGAGAGUUUCCUUGCUGGGGAGGAGGUCGGAGACUCACUUGACGCCGUGGAGGCUCUCAUAAAGAAACACGAAGACAUGGACAAAUCUCUGCAGGCACAGGAGGAGAAGAUUGGAGCACUGCAGGGGUUUGCUGAUCGACUGAUUCAGACGAGGCACUAUGCAGCGGUGGAGGUAGCAGAGCGAAGAGCGACCGUUCUCGCCCGCUGGUCACGGCUGAAGUCCCAGUUGGCGCUCUGGCGGGGGAAGCUGGGUCAGUCCCUCAGCUUCCAGCAGUUCAAGAGGGAGGCAGACGAAGCUGAGGCCUGGGUGGAGGUGAAGAUGCAGGUGGCCAGCGAAGACUCUUACAAAGACCCAACAGACCUGCCUGAGAAGCUGCAGAAACAUCAGGCAUUCGAGGCGGAAGUGGUGGCCAACAAGGAGAGGAUCUUCUCUGCCAUUGCCAUGGGAGAAACUCUGAGAGGCAACCAUGAGUGCAUGGGGAGGGAGGAAGAGGUGGAGGAGAUGACAGAAACCCUGUCAACUGAGUGGGAGCUGCUUCUGGAGAGGAUCAGGGACAAGACACAGAGACUGAGAGAGGCCAACCAGCAGCAGCAGUUUAACCAGUGCGUGAGUGACCUGGAUUUCUGGCUGGGCGGCGUGGAGGCCCAGCUCUCGUCUACCGACACUGGCAGAGACCUUGGUGGGGUGCAGGCCAUGCUAAAGAAACAGCAGCUAGUGGAGGCAGACAUUGCUGCCCAUCAGGACCGAGUGGCUGAUGUGAACGCACAAGCGGAGAGGUUUGUGAGAGAGAAUCAUUUUGAUGUGGUGAGCAUCGGGCAGAAACAGGAGAGAAUUAAUCAGAGAUACACUCAGUUGAGGGAGUUGGCUGAGGAGAGGAAAUUGGGUCUAAGUCGUUCGCUACGACUCCAUCAGUUCUACAGAGACAUGGACGAAGAGGAGGCGUGGACCAGGGAGAGGCGGCUGCUGAUGAGUGGGGAGAACUUUGGAAGGGAUCUGGUCGGGGUCCAGAAUCUGAUCAAGAAACAUUCGCGACUGGGGUCUGAGCUCAGCAGCCACCAGCCAAGACUUGAGGUGGUUCUGGCAGGAGGUAGAGAAUUGGGGGAGAUGAUGCCGUCAGCAGCUGCUGCCGUCUCUGAUCGCUGUGCCCAGAUGAGGCAGCUCUGGGAGGAGCUGACCAGCGCUGCAAGACUUCGGAAAGAGAAACUGAGUCAGUCUCUACUGUACCAGAGGUUUUGUGUAGAGGUGGACGAAGAGGAGGCAUGGCUCAACGAGAAGACGGCGUUUGUGUCGAGCGAGGAAGCGGGAGACACUUUGGCUGCGGUGCAAGUGUUGGUGAAGAAACACGAGGCUUUCGAGGCCGACUUGAGGACCCACCAAGAGAGGGUGGCUAUGAUCGAGAGGGAGGGAGAGAAACUAGUGGAGGAGGUGAGGAUAACAGACGUGUGUCUCUGCGUGAGGGAGAACACUAACAUUGAGCCAGAGAAGGGGAACCAUCAGAGUGACAGCAUCAACCACAGACUUGCAGGAGCACAGGCAAAGGUGGUCGAGCUGCGUCAGACCUCAGACAAGCGGAGGGCCAGACUCCACGACUCUUCCCAGUACCUCCAGUUUACCUGGAAGGCAGACCUGGUGGAGUCCUGGAUCAAGAACAAAGAAGGACAUGUGAGGGGAGAGGAGGUUGCAAAAGACAUGACUUCUGUACAGGCUCUGCUCACUAAACAUGAGGUUUUUGAGGCUGGAUUGUCGUCAUUUCAAACUGAUGGGAUUGGUGGAAUGACAACAAUGAAGGAUGACCUCGUAUCGAGGCCACACCCACAGAGCAAGGCUAUAGAGCAGCGUCACGGUGACGUCGUAAAACGAUGGGAAAGACUGAGGAGAGAUUCAGAGGCUCACAAGGCUCGCCUCCAGAGGGCGCUGGAACAGUGCCACAAGGUCGAGGAGCUGUACCUCCAGUUUGCCAGGAAAGCCUCGUCUUUCAAUGGGUGGAUGGAGGGAGCAGAGGAGGACCUCACCGACCCAGUCCGCUGCAACUCCCUGGAGGAAAUCAAGGGUCUACGGGAGGCGCACGCACUGUUCCAGAGCUCCUUGGCGCAGGCUCGCUCCGACUUCAAACAGUUGGGGGCACUUGACCGCCAGAUCAAAUCCUACAGCGUCUCCAGCAACCCGUACACCUGGUUCACUCUUGAGGCUCUGGAGGAAAGCUGGCAAAAUCUCCAGCGACUGAUCAAGGGCACAAUAGGCACCAUUCUCCAGAGAAAGGAGGCACUGAGGAGGAUGGAGGACCUGGGAGCACAGGUGGAGGAGGCUCUCAUCUUUGACAACAAAUACACGGAGCACACAACGGUGAGUCUGGCUCAGCAGUGGGACCAGCUGUCACAGAGCGCCAUGAGGAUGCAGCACAACUUGGAGCAGCAGAUUCAGGCCAGGAACACCAUCGGGGUCUCAGAGGAACAGCUCAAGGAGUUCACCGCCAGUUUCAGGCAUUUUGACAAGGACAGAAACGGGAGGCUGGAGCACCAGGAGUUCAAGUCCUGUCUCCGUUCCCUUGGCUAUGACCUGGCCCUGCUAGAGAGUGGAGAGACUGAUCCCGAAUUUGAGGCCGUUCUCGAUCAAGUCGAUCCCAACAGGAAUGGGUACAUUCUACUAGAGGACUACAUGUCCUUCAUGAUCAGCCGCGAGACGGAAAAUGUGGGGAGUAUGACGGAAGUGGAGAGCGCGUUUCAGGCCAUCACUUCCGGUGGAGACAAACCAUUUGUAACUGAAGAGGAACUGCUUCAGGUAAAGUGGAAUCUAUGAAUAAUGAUGCCUUGGGGACUUACCGAAAAUUCAGGUGUCCAGCAUUCAGAGGGGGAAUAACACACUAAUAUGUUAGUAUAACCAUAGUGUCCUUUAUAGCUUAUUUUGUCAGAGGUUCCACCGAAAUUCUGGCACUCUGUAACUGUGUGUGAAGGAAUCCUCUUUUCAUUGGGUAGUGUCAAAACAGAGGUCAUUCAGCAUUAACAAACAUCCGUUAGGACUUAUGUCACUUUCAAUGUCGUCCUUAGGACUUAUGUCACUUUCAAUAUCGUCCUUAGGACUUAUGUCACUUUCAAUAUCGUUUUCCCCAAUUAGUUGACAUGUCACAGAAAAUCAGGGCCAGAAAUGGCUACACAAACUACUGUUGACUUGAAAAGACAUGUGAACACAUCCUUUACAAAUACAACUAAAUAUGCAUACAACAACCCAUGUACACAUACACAAACACACACACUAUAUACAGGCACUGCCCAGAGAGCAAGCUAUCUACUGUAUGAGGAGAAUGAAGGCGUACGUAGCACCCAAUGGAAGGCCAGUCAACAGAGCUUAUGACUACAAACAGUUUGCUCAGACUUUAUUUACACACUAAUGCUAGUUGCCUACUUUUUCAUGCAUUUUUCGUUGCAGAGCACUUCUUUUGGUUUGCUGUGUGUUUUGCGACGCUGACUGCGCGCGCAUGCGCAUGCGAUCACGUGAAGUCGGUGUUGGUAAAAUUAUGGGGUACGUAGUUAUAAAGUCGGGGAUUUUUUACGGCGAGAUGAGGUGAUCAGGUCAGCAGGUGUGUGUAGUCAUGGGCUGCAAGAUAAGUUCCUCUCCGACGACUGUGAGCAGCGAGCAGGACUCUGACAGCGGGGCCGCCACCAGCGAGCAGAGCACGCUGUUGGCCAACGGAACAGCUCACGGGAACGGCUACGGCAUAGAGAGGCUCUCGGAUUCUCCCUCCCCUGAGAGAAGACCGGGGGUACCACCAGAUGGAAGUGGGGAUCGAAACGCGGUGUCGGCCGUGCAGGACCAACACACCGCCUACCCGGCAGUAGUGGACGCGGCGCCACACGAGAAAAGCAGUAGGAGACACGGCGCGCGGACGGAGACGCUGCGCAGCUCGCAGGGAAGCACGGGUUCCGAAAGCUCCGGCAGCCAUAGGCACACGGAACCCAUUUCUAAUCGUCGUCCGCAGCAGCACGGCAUAGGUAGGGACCCCGGCGGGACACAGUGGGGACUAGGAGGAGGCGGGGGACUGAACAACGGACACCGCGGCCUAGCGAAGACGCCGCCUUACCUCAACCAGAUGAACAAACAGAACUCGUUGAUGUUCGGGAGUCCGGUUGAGGCUGACGGGAUCAUCCGUGUCUCGCGGUCGGGGAAUAGCACGGGCAAUCUUUCCACGGCUGUCUACGGUAAUGGAGGGCUCACAGCAAUGACCCAGAGAGGCAAGGAGACGAUGGAGCAACUAUCCAAGGCAUAUCGGUGGAGGGAUCAGUUUGAGGAGCCCACGUCAGAGUUCCUGGCACUCAUGGACCGCCUCUACAUGGAGUGCCAGCUCCACCUGACGGCUCUGUCGUCUCGAGGGGACCCGGAGAGCAGGAGAGAGGCCGACACCAUUGUCAGUGAGAUGGUGACCCUGCGCAACUACUGGGGGCCGCGUCUCCUGCCCAGCUCCACCUGCAACGCCUUUGUCCGUGAGAGGAUCCCCCUCACAGUGGGAGUGGACCAGAGACAGUUCCGAAUAGACUGUGCCCAGUUCUUUGAGCCCGUCCCCUUCUACGGGAACCAUCAGAGCAGCUGUCCGGGAGAGCUCAUGAAACUCUACCGCUUCUCCGUAUACAACGUGGCCACAAACGAAGUGGUUCUUCGCUACUACCUGGAGAGAAGCAACGUGAUCCAACUGUACCACGUUCUGUGUUUCACAUGCGAGAACUACCGUGGGCAAGUCCGACCAUAUGGCACCGAGCCCCCCACCUACUGGGAAGUGAGACACAACAUGUUGGAGGACGUGUACACCCGAUUGCUGAGCGGUCUUUCGCCCACGAGACACCAGCCUCCCAAAAAUAGACCCAUCUACCCAGCCAACAUCAUGGGAAGACCUGCCCACCUGCAAGUAAUGCCAAUAGCCAGUACCACGUGAUCUAGGGUUGUGCACCUCUAAUGCCACAUUUCAGACAGUGUCCACAUGUGCUAUACCACUCUUUCUGUGUGUGCACGUAUGUAGUGCGUGCUAAACACACCACUCUCUCACCCAACUCCUUCCCCUCUUCUCCAUAAUCUUUUGUGAAU